AUGCCACUUGUCAGCGCUACCACUUCGCAAGAGGGCGGCGGCACUGGCGGAAGCGCGUAUCUGAUUCACUCGAUUUGUGCAGUCGAUGAUGUUACGCUGAUCUUCGCCAUCGCCUCCGCUGCAGGCGCCGACUCGGCGGCACACAGCCCCUAUGAUGCAGCGCUCUUCUCCUUUUGCAAGGCAGCCGAUGGUUCUGAGAAGGCAAUCCCUCGCGGGCUGCGACCCUCGCCUUCUGGUACAUGUUGCACCGGCGGCAUUCGUGAUGCUCUUUACGCACGCUCGUUGGCAGGCUCGCGUGAGACCGACUUCUCGUCCAGCGCGCACGAAGAAUGUGGUGGGUGUCCUACAGGCUGCAGCGGUGCGGAGGCGGCAAGUGGUGUCGGUAAUUCAGUGGCUCCGCCAACCUCCGGUUUGCACUCGAGACAGUCGUGCGUGCUGCUGGCGCACUCAGCAGCGGCUGGGGCUAUGGCGUCAUUAUCAGAGGGGCCAAGUGAUUCCUUGGCGGCCCUACGGGCCUCGCAGUUGAUGCACCUCUUUCACCGUAGUGAAGCAGAUGCAAAGGCACCUCUCGCUGACGUCACCGCUGGUGCGCCACCAGCGUUUUCCCGGUCAUCCUCCCCGCACCUUUCCGGUGACGCCUUGGCGGCUCUCCAUGUGGUGCGGCAGGAGGCUUGGCAGAGGUCUUCCGACGCAGCGAAUGCGCCGACGCCGCUUGUCACGGCUCAUGAUGCCGCGUCUGCUAGCGUGAUCUCGACGGAUGUGCUGUGCUACUUCGAUUGCGGCUGCGCCGCCUUGGCGACCUUCAAGCUCACGCGCGACUCGCCACGUGCGGAAUGGCUUGUGCAGCUGGGCGGGUGCGUAUGGAUUCCGUCUGCCGCGUCGUCAAUGUCGGUACCGGGUCGCAGCGCCGGUGCCGUAAAGGGUUGGGCCUCUGCGCUGACAUGGGCCACCGGUGCUCCUCUCGUGAGCUCGCUCGUGCGGCCGUUGCCUCCUACCGCAUCACUCACCGCUUCUGCAGGUGCCCACCGCGACGGCAGCAACUCGUUGUUGGAGCUGCUCGUUGUGUGGUGCAGCCCCACUGUAGCGUCUUCCUCUUUGGCCUUCUCCUCUUUCACGGAUGCUCGCCCUGUCGCGCGGUACGCCAGCCUUUGUUGCUGCAGCGGAAACUCGCCGACAGCGGCGGCGACCAUGAGUGCGUGGCGGCUGGAAAAGCAAGCAAUCUUUGACAUGAGCGAACUGCUGCGCCUCGCGCCGAGGCAGUCACUGUCGAGUGAGGGCGUACACGACUCUGUUUGCUCAUGCAGCGCUCUGCCCCACGCCAGCGUGCGCGGUCUCCACUGGCUGCCUGGGACGGCCGAUUUCACGCAGUCGUACCCACUCCUCGCCGUGCUCUAUGCAGCCCCCACCGUUCAUUCUCGCCGCAUCGACAACCUCCGCGGUGGCCCUCCUGAGCCGUGCCUGGACUCGAUGGCCGUGUGCUACCUUAAGGAGGAUGGUCCUCACUUGAGUGCCACCAGCGUGCCCGCCGCUGUCGUUCCCCACAAGGCCCCACCAAUGGUGAUGGGGCGUCUGCUGGUUGGGCCGUGGUCUGUGCGCGGACUUUCCUUGGCCCACCCGCAGUUCCUCUUUGCCACGGCGCUCGCUGGAUGGCGCUCACCACCCUCCCGUCCUCCUCCCGCCGCGAAUAAGCAGCGCGCUACGGUCGCCGCCACCUCCGCCCCCUCGGCUGCGCAGGCGUUUCGUGCGGCACUCCACUCCUGCUCCGAUGCGGCAACCCCGGUCCUCGGCGUCUUUCAGCGUCCAGCGCAGGAGCCAUACAUGACGAGUAGCUUUUUCCGCAGCGUAGCUGACGCCGUCGUUCGCCGUGGACGCAGAGAAAAGACGUUGGCAGGCGCGGAGUUCUCUGACGGCGAUGUAGUGCGCUUGAGAGAAUUCCCACACCUCCAGCGUGCGGGUAUUGAGCAGGAAGGCCUCCAAGCCCUCCGCAACUCAAAGGUAUUUGCGUUCGUGCUCUAUGGCGGCGACGGCGAGGUGGCGCGGUGUGUCCUCGACGGCUACGUAGAUGACGCACAAACGACUUGGAUGGACCCAUACAUCAUGUCGGCGAACGUAGUCGGCAGCCCACGUGCGACUGGAAACCCGCGAGGACGCGGCGGUGAAGUGGAGAAGCGUACUGUUGCGCGUGUGUGUGCUCUUCUCUCCGAGAAGGCCUCGGCACUGUCCGCAGAGAGGGUGCACGGGCACAGUGCCGUUGUGAUCACCAUUCAAGCGCAGUGGACGCGAGCUCUGCCAGUAGUGGCCGAACGUCGGCAUAGCAACGAGGUCCGCACCGACGGCGGCAUCGGUGCCAGCGAACACUGGAGCUUCUCUCUGCAUCUUUCACACAGACUGCGCUCAUCAGCGGGGCCUGGUGGGUUGCUGCGGCAUUCUUGGUGCGCCGCACCUCUAGCCAUGAUGGGCCGGAUUCUGUGUUGGCGGUCUGCCACAGCGUCCGAUGAUGUUAGCUGUCUUGUGUGUGGAUACGCAACAGCACCGUACCAUGGUGACACCACAUCCGAUGAAGUAGAUGCUCAUCCUCAUGCCCUUCUCGAGGGCGUCUUUGAGCUUCGGCUGAGCUCUUCCCUAAUGAACGGCGGUGAUGUUGGUGGCCGCCCGGCGGCAGUGACAGAGACAACGAACGCGGCCUUGGGCGUGGCCACGAGAGUAGGUGCGGCAACGUCGCAGCCGUCGGCUGCGUUAGCGAAUCUUUGUCCGUGGGCGGUGGGUAGAUGCACUCGAGUCCUGCUGCCUUCCGCCUUCUCGGGUGUUCUUCACAAGGCAAGCACCGCUGACACCCUCACCACCGCGUUCGAUCUGCUAUCGCACACGCCCACGUUUUCGGUUGCUGCAGCGAGGCUUGGGGCAGCCGUGAGUGACAGUGCGGUGCCAGUUGUGCUCGCAUGGGUUGCCGGCGAAGCCCAUGAAGCCGGCGUAGACAACCUCGCUCAAACAGCUCCGCCACUAUCCGCCACCGCUACAUCAUCCAGGUCAUCGCUACUGUCGUGCGUGAGGCAGCUGGAUGCGGUGGCGCUGCUACGCAGCGGUGAUGUUGUUGGUUGGAGAUGCGCGAGCCGCUCCUCUGCUGCUGAGGUACGGUCUGCGGGUCAUCUCCGUGGUGAGGGUGCGGUGCUGCACCUUGGUGCUAUUUGCCAUGGUCUUGGGCACGACGUUGCCCCGCCACUGGAGCAGCUCUUUCUAGAAUCGCUGCUGAACCGUGGGGCCGGUGCCGAUGUUGUUCACAUGGAGGUGGUGAUAGCGCCGGUGGAGGACAGCUCGCGACAGGUUGACCAUCGGCAACCUAGCGCCGGCCUGUCACCGAUGGAGGCUGAGAGCAGCUCGUUGGCGAGUGCUGUGACGGAGACGGCGGCGAAGAGCACGGUUCUUCUUGUGCUGGCUGUCGGAUCGCUUGUCGGAGUUGUGGACCUUGCCGCUGGAGCGGUGGUCGUCGUACGGGAUCUUCGCGCGGACUUACGCGACUUACCGGUGCGUGAGGAUGGCACAACUCAUAGUGGUGAUGCUCCAUUAGCGACUACAGAUGGCGCUAUCCGUGCCACCGCAGCAGUACUGCGCCUGCAGCGGCUUCCUGUGGCCACCCCAUGCGGAUGGAUGGCUCGUGGUGAUGCGGCUCAAGAAGGUGGAGGCGCCGCUGUCGGCACGUCCUGGUACUUUGUGUGGCGUGGUGUCAGGGAAGGGCAGCGGGACCACUCCUCGCUGACCUUUGUGCUUCGGCUUUCGUUCCUAUGCUUUGCGGACGUCGUUUCGGCGCACGUGGGUGCGGCAAGCAGCUCUGCCACUGGUGGUGCUACGCCUGCGGCUUCUGUCCUCGACACGGAGAAUUCGACGUUGCCCCUGGUGACACUCCAGGUGGACGCGUGCUGGGCAGAGGAGCCCAAACCGGCGGCUCGCAGCAACGUUGUCUCGUCUGCCUCUACUCCUGCUACCUCUCACCAUCUCUCACUGAGGCACGCCCCCAGCUCUGCUGUUGCGUACUUUGGGUGGCUGCCGUGCGCCACGGGGUGCGUUGACAACGGUGUUGGUCGGGCAGCACCGCGUGGCACAGCAGCAAACACGGGGAGUGAGUCAUCUUCAGCUGAGGCAGCCGACUCUCUGCCGUUUCUGAGCGUGUGCGAUGCCACACUGCUGCGAUCGCUCUGGCCAGCCAUGGCGACAGACGAGAUCAAAAUGUCGGUGAACCAGAACUGUGCCCCUUCCUCUCCGCCGUCUGGCACCGUCGCCCCUCGAUGUCGGCCGCCUCUGCGGUUCCUUCGUUGGGGCGGUGUCGUGCCACGGCCCUCACUGCCCUCAUUCUGUUUCCUUUACAAUCGAAUCGGCGCUACUUGCGUGAUGGAGCAGCUGGCCGGCGGUGGGGCAGCAGCCGGAAUCGGCAUGCCACUAAACAUUGUCUAUCGGUGGCUUCUCGGCGAGAGACGCGGCGCCGAUGCCGCCUUGACGCCACCAGAGAGAGAUCGAGACGUAGACCUGCCCUACAGACUGCCGUGCCGUCAAGUUCUGUAUGUGUCCACCUUGAGGCUCGACGUACGUGCGGUCAGGGAGCAUUACGACGAGCACGAGCCGCUGCCUCCCGACAGGGCAGUGUCUGGCUCACCACCAGUAGCUGCACCCGGGUCUGAACCAGCGCGCUCCUCUUUAGAUCCCACCUCGUGGCACGUGCUCUUGUGCACCUUGUUGCUCGACAAGGGCGAGCAGGCUUCGAAAACAAACUGCUCUACCAGAACGUUGUCUGGUGUGUCGGCCAGCUUUGACGUCGGUGCGGUUGCUGCUUCUGCGACGAGGAUCGACUGGAGACAAAGUCGAGCGGCCUCGUAUCUGCUGUGCGGUGUGCCUGCGUGUGCGCCUGUCGUGCCGCCCCAGCAGCAGCCCGGCUCUGCCGCCCCAGCACACCACUCCCCCCUCUUCACAUGGCAUUGGAUCCCGCUUUAUGUUUCCACAUCGUUCCCUGCUCCUGACAGUAGCGGUGGAGUGCAGCAGCAUAAUGUGCCGCUCGCCGUCACGCGCGUUCUCCCUUCACCAAGGCGUUCCUCGGCAGCAACACUGUCGUCCACCGGUGCGGCGACUGCCAUCGCAAAGAACGUCCGCCACGGGGUGACGCCGCGCUCGUACUUCUACUGUGAAGGCAUACUGUGCAGUCCUGCUGCCGCGGCUGCGCCACAUGACCCGCAUGCGUGCUACUGCCUGAGCGUAGAAGGCGAUCGUCUGCGGCACCUUCUCGACCAGUCUGCUAUUGCCGCGUCGACGGAGGGAAUCGAGCAAGUGUACAUGUAUGCCACCGUCAACCCUGACCUCGUGCGUGUAGUGGGUGCAUGA